AUGGUGUACGAUAUGGAAGUUGAGCGACAGACUGAACAUGAUGGACAGUGGAGUCCAACGCCCGACCUGGGCGACCAUGACCACCGAGAUUCCUCGCUCUUCAGCCAAGUGACAGACGAUGACAUUGAGAAGUCUCCGUUCCUCAAACAUGGUGAAUCCGAAGACAACAGACAUCAUCUAAAAACACUUCGAAGGACUACAUCCUGGAGAAGGAGUCUGUCGGCAGCAGCUAGUCUUCUGGGGGUUUUCAUAUUCUUCCUUCUAUUCUUCGUUUUGGACCGUUUUGUUCCAUUAUUUCAACGCCUGGACCCAGCCACACCGACUCAAACCACAGAGUCAAAUCCAUCUAUACCGCAGUUAAGGGAUCCCGCUGACUAUGUCCUCGACUCUUCAUGGGACUUCGCCUCGGCUGGCAGGGUCAGAGAAUAUCAUUGGAAAAUUCAAGAUGCAAUUUUCAACCCGGAUGGCAUCUUUCGGCCGAUGAUUCUCAUCAAUAAUCAGUUUCCUGGGCCGCUCAUUGAGUGCAAUGAAGGGGAUACUAUUGUCGUUCACGUCCGAAAUGAAGCAAUCAACGCCACAGCCAUUCAUUUCCAUGGGAUGUAUCAAAACGGAACGAACUCUAUGGAUGGUACUGUCGGAGUCACACAGUGCCCGAUUGCACCGAAUACGACCUUCACCUAUCAGUUCACCGUCAAUGGCCAGUCGGGAACUUACUGGUACCACGCGCAUCAUAGUGUUCAAGCUUCGGAUGGGCUAGUCGGUCCCAUGGUUGUUCAUUCUCCGAACGAGAAGAGCUUGAUGGAGACUUACGCAAGCGAUCGCGUGAUCAUGAUCCAGGACCACUAUCACAACACAUCUGCCGAGUUACUGAUGGAUUAUCUCCAGCCAGACCAGGAGAAUGAUGAACCUGUGCCGUCUAGUGGCCUCAUAAAUGGACAAAAUUAUCGCAGUUGUGCCGACUUCGAUGGGUGGGAUUGCGAAAACAAGGCUUCUCGGCUAGAGUCCUUAGCAAUGUUCGACUUGACACCAAACAAACGACACCACUUCCGUUUCAUCAAUACCGGUGCUUUUGCUGAGUUUCAAGUCGAAAUUGACGAGCAUCCAUUCUACAUAACAGAAGUGGAUGGAACUAUGGUUGAGCCUGCGCCAUUCCACCGUCUCAACAUUCUUCCAGCUCAACGCUACAGUGUGGCUAUCGACACUAAUGUUACUACCAAAGAUGCCUUUUGGAUGCGUGCACGAAUGAUUACACAUUGUUUCGCAGAGGAGAACCCAAAUCUUGAUCCAGAAGUGAGGGGUAUCAUCCGGUAUAGUGAGACGCAGACUGGUGCUGCGGCUGGAGCCCUGGCAGAACCGAAGAGCAAAAGUUGGGGCGACGCCAUUGACGUCGACUGUCGCGAUCUGGACACCACUACCCUUCGGCCCGUUGAGGCCAGAGCAGCACCACCUACUACAUCGUCCAUGUUUCUUCGCGCCAAUUUCGAAAUCGGAGCUUGGCGUUUGUCGCGUGGGUUUUUUAACAAGUCAACCUGGCAUGGGAACAUUACGUCUCCGUCGCUUUAUCGCAUCUUUGACGCCGCGCAAGCUGACAACGAAACUAACUUGCCCCAUACGACUGGAGUAAACGAAGUCAUGUUUGAUGCGGAAAAAGAGUUCGUGUACCAGACUGUAGGAAUCGAAACCGUGGACAUCAUAAUUAGCAACUUUGACGACGGAGCUCACCCCUUUCACCUUCACGGACACAAGUUUUUUGUGUUAAAACAAUCUCCCACUGGAUACCCUCCAGAGUCCAUGGAAGAGCUAGAAAACGACCUUAUCACGACUGGUGCUCUGGAGAAUCCGUUAAGAAGGGAUACCGUUACCGUCCAGGGGUACGGGUGGGCUGUUGUCAGAGUUGUCCUAGAUAAUCCGGGUGUGUGGGCGUUCCACUGCCACAAUGCAUGGCACGGAGAGUCGGGAAUGAUGAUGGUGAUUGCGGCGAGGGUUGAGGAGGCCAAGCAAUGGCAAGUGAGCGAGGAGGAAAGGAGGCUUUGCUCCCUUCCUGGAGUUGAGAAAGGAGCUCGGCCAGACGACAGUAUCUGGGUAGGGAACUUUGGGUAG